AUGGAGGAAGAAACACAUCACGAGGAGUACUGGAUUGCAGAAAGCAUUCGGGACACCAAGUUUGAAGAUCUCUACACACUCGGCACAGAAUUAGGAAGGGGAACAAGUGCAGUGGUCUAUCGAUGUGAACACAAUGGGACUAAGAAGGCGUACGCAGUCAAGAAAAUUCCAAAACAGAAGGAUCGGAAAGUAGUACAAGCCGAGGUUGGAAUUUUUCUGCAUAUCCGACAUCCCAAUGUGAUACACAUAACAGAACUAUAUGAGACAAAGACUCACAUUUACCUGAUGAUGGAGCUGGUCACCGGGGGAGAAUUGUUUGACAGAAUCGUCGCUCGUGGAUCUUUCUCGGAAAAGGAUGCAGCAGAAGCAAUGAGAGAUAUACUGAGAGCGCUAAAGUGCAUGCACGACAAUGGGGUUGUCCAUUAUGAUGUCAAGCCUGAAAAUCUUCUGUAUGAAAGCAACAAAGACCAUUCAAAAUUAAAAUUAGCUGACUUUGCACUGUCCCAUAUUAUAGCUGGUGAUGUAAGGAGUAACUCAGUUUGUGAGUCCCCAGGAUAUGUCCCUCCAGAGGUUUUAACUGGAAUCAGCUAUAAUAAGCCGACAGCCGUGGACAUGUGGAGCUGUGGAGUCAUUGCUUACAUUCUACUAUGCGGUUAUGAACCAUUUGAAAGCCCAACUCAUGACGUUAGCGAGAUUUACAAGAAAAUUCUCAAAGUGGAUUACAAAUUUGAUCCGGCAAUCUGGUCAAAGAUUAGUGAGAAUGCAAAGGAUUUUAUUAAACGAUUACUACAAAAAGAUCCAAGGAAGAGAUUGUCAGUAGACGUAGCUCUCCGACACCCCUGGGUGACUGGUAUCGCUGCUAAAGGAGAUCACCUUAUUGAGACCCAGGAGAAAAUCCGGGAGUUUAACGCUCGGCGAAAGCUAAAGGCAGCAGCAGGCGGGGUUCUCUUCGCAGCCAGAGCUGUGAGGAUGAUGAACAUGAAACCAAAGGUGAAAAUACAGCUGGAAAGUAGCCAGAUAGCUACAGACGCGUAG